AUAUCACUUAUUUUACUGAAUAUUUUCUUGCAGGUCAAACAAAUAACAAGACCAUCAUUAAUUAUAACGACUUGAUGAUAAAACUAAAGAACUAGAAGGCUUACAUCGUUACACAAGCAUCCACGAGAAAGCAAUAUUCAUGGUGUCGAGUAAUUUGAUUAUUAGGAUAAUAAAUCAACAACAACUGACAAAUCACUGACUAAUUUUUUGUUAGUGAGCUGUUUUCAUUAGUAUUAGAUGGAUUAGACAACCACAUGAAUUGCCUCAGGCAAAUCCAUGUCAACACUAACCCAUAAACUUGCACCAUGAACAUUAUAUUCAGCCUUCAAUUUUAUGCCAAAGCCUCUUUAAAUAAUCAUCUCCUUAAAAGCAUAUAGUCAGUGAUGGUUACAUUUGCAAUUAAAAUAAUGUAAUUGUUUGGCAAGUACAUUUACAUUCAUUUAGCAGAUAAUUUUAACUUAACCUACGAGUUGGCAUUGCAAUAAUUCAUUGCAAUAAUGCUAAGCUCUUUUUAAUGGUUUUAGUCUUAACAAAAAAAACAAACAAACAUGUGACACAAAUGACAAAGAUAUGUCUCCAAAUAUUAAUUAUGAGGGUGCCAAUACAAGUCCCUGUAAAUACAUGUUAUUACUACAGAAAUGCUAAUCUAUGAGAAUGAGCUCAUUAAUAUAAAUAUAUAAAUAUAAAUAAUAUAAAUAUAAAUAAAUAAUGUGAUUUCAAAUACAGCCAGCACAAUUGUCAGGACUGCUGUUAUAGAAAAUUAAUCAACACCUUCUGACCAAUCAGAUUACAAAGUUUGGUAACACUGUUGUACAACAUCCAAUUAAUAUUCAUGUCCAUUUUGAGUGAAAUGCGCGCUUUAGGUUUUGAUAACUGAUGAAAUAAAACAGUUCACGGUCAUGGAUUCUUGUACUUUGCUCUGCAUCUCAUAUGUAGAACAUUAUUACCUGAUCCAUUUUAUUUGCCUGACAGGCCCUUCAGGCAACCUAGAGGUCAGUUUAUUUAGCACAAAGCUAAUGGCAGAGUUCAGAUCCAUGGGUCAGAGAGCAUCUUAGAGCACCCUUGUUUCCUUGUUUUACCAUUCCACCAGGGACUCAUGCUAAAAAUGCAAUUAGUUGUGUGUCGAGUGCUGCCAGUGGUUUUUAGGGACAUUUGAUCAAUUGGCACCAAGACUUAUGUCUACAGAUGGUGUCCUGUCUUCACUCAAUAUUCUAAGGCAAUAUAUUUGUAAUUAAUCUGUAUCUGGUCUCUGGUAUGUUGUCUCAGAGGAUCAGUAUGAUGUCAAUGAAUGAGGUGUUGAAUUAAGUCCUAAUUAGCAUCUCAAAGUGUAUAAAAGUCAGCCAACUGAGCUUGAUUCAGCUUGGCUGGUUCGGUGCCACAUACAGGCUCCCUCGUUCUGAAGCAAAUUCUAGCAAUAUCUGGAUUUUAUUGGAAACACAAGAAGUUAACAGAUCUCAGACUGAAGCCGUUUACAGAGAAGCCAUGAUGGACGUAUCUAAACUCAUGCAGACCUGUUCAAUGGGCUCACCUUGCCUUCCAGAGGACACUGGCCCAUGUGCCAAAGCCCCUCAGGUCGCAAGGAUCAAAGUUCAGCUGGAAACAUACAGGCUUUGGCAACAGUUUGACCAGCUUGGCACUGAGAUGAUAGUUACAAAAGCUGGGAGGAGGAUGUUUCCUACAUUUCAAGUGCACAUCACAGAUAUGGACCCUGACGCAGAGUACGUCCUCCUCAUGGACUUCAUUCCAGUGGAUGACAAGAGAUACAGGUAUGCCUUCCAUAGCUCUUCAUGGCUCAUGGCAGGACGUGGAGAUGUUGCAAUCCCAGGAAGAGUGCACUUUCACCCAGAUUCGCCAGCACGUGGGGCCCAGUGGAUGAAACAAACAGUCUCAUUUGACCGACUCAAACUUACCAACAACCUUCUGGAUGAUAACGGCCAUAUCAUCCUGAACUCCAUGCACCGCUAUCAGCCACGGCUGCAUGUAGUCCUCGUGGACCAAAGUAGGGACAGUCAGCGCUCAGUUCACCGCAACUUCUGCACAUUCUCCUUCCCAGAAACACGAUUCAUUGCAGUCACCGCCUACCAGAACCACAGGAUCACACAGCUGAAGAUAGCCAGUAAUCCUUUUGCUAAAGGCUUCCGCACUACAGACGCUAAUAACUGGUCUGCAGAAGGGACCAAGUCUCACCUCUCUCAUUCCCUUUUGCCCUUGCACCCUCAAGAAAGCGCACCACACCCAGGAACUUCUCGUAAGGAGCAGAGGACAACAGAAAAACAGCAUGUAAUCCAGGGAGCAGCCAGUACCACUGAGAGGAAGAAGAGGGGGAGACACGCUCAUGUCCACACUUCUCCUGUCCUCCCUCUGUUUCACUGUCAGUGGGACGAUCUUCGGAGACCAGAAAGAAGCCACCUUGACUGAAGAAAAUUGAACAUCCUGGUUGAUACAGGGAGCAGUAAUUUUGCAGUUGGAGCUGCAGCUCACCCGUUCCUGCGUCGAUACUACCAUCGCUCUCUAUCUGUGUCAUAUAAGGACCUGGGUCGAGGUGUGUAUGUGCCGUACAC